CUCUGUGGGAAAUACGAAGAUAAACGAGCUGGUGAGAGUCAGAGAGUGCCAAUAGACGCCAAGGUGGGCGUCUACCAGGCUAGGUUGCAAUAUAAAAAUUCCUCUUUAGUAAAGUAACACGUGGGGAUCGUUUUAUGGGUGAUAUUCCUAGGAAGAAUGGCAUCCACCCACAGUCCUGCAUCCGCGAUCGAUUGUUCCCUCACCUCGGGGCGGCCAGGGGGCGUCUGACGGAGGGUGGAAAAGUGCGUCGUCGAGAAGUAUCGUGUUGCAAUGGUCGUAGGGAUUACGAGCGUCAUGGUACUGCGGUAGGAUACAGCGUGCGACAUAUAUCGAAGACGACGCCGACGAUGAUGAAACUACGUAAACCGCGUCGAUUGAAAUGCGAACACUUACUGACAUCCGUGACGGUGUGGAAGUACCUAGAGAAAAACAAAAUCCUAGCAAAGUUGUAAACAAGUGCCGUGUGUGUAUGUGUGUUGGUGAUUGCUUGCUCUGCCUGCCUCUGGCGCGUGACGUAAUCCAUUCAAGCGCCUACUACGCAAUACGAGACGCGGGCCUGCUACGCCGUUUUGCGGCCUGAAAAGGCCGCACGUCAAAUAGAUUCUUCAAUUGCGGAACGUAAACGACGGUAGGUCCAUGCGAUCGUACAUUGUCGUCAAUGUUGCCGUUAAGCAUCUAAUCGCAGCUGGAUAUACAGGAAGUGAAAACGCGUGCCUCACCAUCCUCAUAAAGAUGAAGACCAAAAAGUUUUUCAUAUUCAAUAAGAAGCUCCUUUAACCAACUGUGCAUCGUGAGGAAGUGUUAGUUACCAAUGCAUGUAUAUAAAGAGACAUCAAGGUCUACGUGUUAUAACGGCAGCUCGAUAGGUUCUUUCUCCAAGAGAGUCUAAGGCAAUCGAUGUCUUGGACGAAGUGUAAUACGAGUAACUGAAAGAAAAAGAAGCAAGAAGAAGAGCUAAAGACAGAGCGAGGAAGAGAGGGAGAAAGAGAAACACGUGGGUGGCCCAGAAUUGUCAAUCAAGUCUUGAGAGCUCAUAUCAAGAACAACAUCCACAGGAGUUCUCACUCUCUGGUUGCCGGUGUUUUCAAGCAGUGUUAUCGCGAGAGGUAAUAGUGUUGUUACUCAAGGCAGCGACAGUGGUGAUGACAGUAGAGAUGGUAAUAACUACUAAUUGGUAAAGAAUAAAAAUCUCAUCCAGAGAAGAAGAGACAAGGAACCUGACAUCCUCUAAGGGAUGAAGUGGCGGUCCAUCCUUAAUCAGUACUCAUCUUCUAGGAUAUACUAAAGCAACUUGGAAGUAGUGCUAGAAUGUACUCAGACGUACUUAGACUCUAGAAGAUAUUGUACAGCAUACAGAAGAGCCGUCGAGUCGGUUCCAUAAGCUGCGAAAAUGAAGAGGAAGCUGUUACUUGUCGUUCUCUUCACCCUCCUGGUGACUGUUCUGUGCGAGGACAUGAUUGCGGAUCGCAAAAGACUCAAGCUUCUCACCAAGCACCAGGAUAAAACAUCAAAAGGAAAAUAUGCUCCUGGGGAGGAUGAUAGAAUCAAGGAAGAUUUUAUAACUCAACUAGAUCAAGCACGUAAUUCUCAAAUAGAGCACUCCAAGGACUUCAAUCCUGAGGGAUAUUCAACCUACAGGAACAAUAAUCCAAGCUCCACUAGCGGAUCAUCUGGUAAAAAUGUACAGUCUACGAGUCCGUCAAAUUUACCUAAGACCAGUUUGAAGUCCAGUGAGGAGGUGCGCGAAAAGGGAAGACGCAAUAAAAAUACGAUGCUCGGUGAAGGGAUUUGUCAGACUAUGGACAUUAGAAACAACUUGACGAAUUUUGAGUCUCUUCGGAAUUGUGUGGUGAUCGAGGGCUUUCUUCAGAUUGUAUUGAUUCACAACAAUACUGAGUUGGAUUACCAAAACUUCAGUUUUCCUGCUCUAAGGGAAAUCACUGGUUAUCUCCUCUUGUAUCGUGUGUAUGGAAUGAAAAGCUUAGGCUCUUUAUUCCCAAAUCUUGAGGUCAUCCGGGGUAACAUUCUUUUCACGGAUUAUGCCUUCAUGGUAUACGAGAUGCCAAGUCUUCAAGAGAUAGGCCUGAAGAAGCUCACCAAGAUAUCCAGAGGUAGUGUUAGGAUUGAGAAAAACCCGCAUCUCUGUUACACGAAAACUGUGAAUUGGAAUAAAAUCGUGGUAGCCGGUGAGAACUUCAUCAAGGAAAAUCAGGAAAAAAAUUGUCCAGGAUGCUCGCAGUGUCCUGGCGGUCAUUGCUGGACGGCCAAACACUGUCAGCAAAUUGAAAAGCCUCCUUGCCAUAAAGAAUGUCUUGGGGAAUGCUCUGGGCCUCUAGACAGCGAUUGCUAUGUCUGCGAGCAUUUUAGGCACGAGGGAAGAUGCGUCGAGAGCUGUCCACCUCACUUAUACUCAUAUCUCUUGAGACGAUGUAUUACCAAGGCUGAGUGUAAAGAUAUAAAUAACAAAAUCACCAGAUUAAAAUCCAACGACUUUGAAGAGGAGCGAAUCUCAUGGCGACCGUUUAAUGGUUCUUGCAUUAAUCAAUGCCCGGAUGGCUAUGAGGACAGCUACGAGGAAGGUCACGAGGAUGGUCCAGAUGAAUACAAGGAGUGCCGACUGUGUAAGGGUCGCUGUAGCAAGUUUGGAAUUGGUGGCAUUAUCAGGCACAUCUCCGACGUUCAAAGGUUCCGGGGUACGACGCUUGUUAAGGGUGCUUUGGAGUUUCAAAUUCGUAACGGCAAUCCGAAUAUAAUGAACGAGUUGUCAGAUUCCUUCGGCCUUAUAGAAGAGAUCACAGGGUAUUUGAAAGUGACUCACUCUUCCUCCAUCACUACGUUAGGCUUUCUGAGGAAGCUCCGGGUGAUCAGGGGCGAAAAACUUGAAUAUAAUAACGCAAGUCUCAUAGUCAUGGACAAUCCCAAUCUAUCUAGUCUAUUUUCCAGCGACCAACCAGUACAGAUAUUAAAUGGCAGAUUGUUCUUUCACUACAAUCCCAAACUUUGUAUCUCGAAAAUCCUCGACAUGAGCAAGAUAGCGGGAAUUACAAACAUCACAGACCUUGAAGUGCAUCCGGAAUCUAAUGGCGAGAAGGUCGCUUGCAAUACUGUUAAUAUUAACAUCACAGUAAGCGACAAAGGAUCCUAUUAUGCGAAUCUCGUAUGGGACAGCUAUAAACCCUCAAAUGAUCAACGUCUUCUGAGUUACCUUUUGAGCUACAUUGAGACAGAGAAUAAAAAUAUCACAUACGACAGUGACUCCUGCGGUAACAAUAACUGGGAGAUUGUCGACGUGGACGUCCCUGAUGACAACACUUCGACAACAGUCUCGAACCUUGUUACGGAUCUGAAGCCAUUCACUCAAUAUGCCGUCUACGUGAAGACGUUCACCUCUAGGUCCAAGAAUAACUUUGACCCGGUCGGACUCUCGAAUAUUAUCUUCUUCCGCACUAAGAGUGAUAUCCCUACCGUACCCAUGAACGUGAAUUCCUUCCCUACGAGUGAUAAGGAGAUCGUCGUCGAAUGGGAUCCUCCAGAAAUGCCCAAUGGACCGAUUGGUUAUUAUAUAGUAUCAGGUUUCAUACGUCCAGAUGAUCAAGAGGCUUUGUCUACUCGUGAUUACUGUAAGUACGGUCUUCUACCGGAAGUAGAGAUCGAGAUACCUCAGGAAGUUACAGUAAGAACUCCUUCAAUAGAUCAUCAAUCUUGUUGUAAGGACAGUGAUGCCGAGGUGGUCACGUCCAAGAAGUUUGAGAUCUUGUGCCAUGAGAAUAUGACCAUAGGACACACCUCACCCGGAAGGAAAGAUUAUUGUAUCCCCAAGAGAUACAGCAGCACCAACGCUUUAGAUAAUUCUACAGACUUUGAUGACGGUCUGGCUUCUAAGAUUCCGUUAAAGGAUCAUAAUGUGUCGAAGAUCAUCCAUGACACCAAAACACAGAUUUACAAUGGAAUCUAUUACUCGUUCGUGUUUAAUGUCAGUGCCAACACCAGUUCCUGGAUUCUGAAGGACCUCAAGCAUUACUCCAUGUAUACUAUCUCUGUCGCCGCUUGUGGACGUAAAGUCGAAAAUGAUGUACAGAUGUGCUCGCCUGUUCAAUAUACGACCACGAGGACAAACAAAAGUGCUAAUGCCGACGAUGUGCAUAACGUUAAUGUGAAAGUUUUCAAUAACAGUAUCGCCAUCGUCUCCUGGGAUCCUGUAAGGGAUCCUAAUAGUCUCAUUGUUGCGUACAAUGUGGAAUACACGAAUCUGGACGUAAAGGAUGCAAAGAAGAGCACCGAGUGUCUGACGGAGAAGAAAUUUCGCGUGAAACGUGGUGAAUAUCAUAUUAAAAAUUUAAGUCCGGGCACCUACAGUCUGAGAGUGCGUUCCAUAUCGUUAGCGGGUGAUGGUAAUUUCUCGAAAACUGUCAAGUUCGCCAUUGGACUGAAGGGGAGUAAUACGAUGUUGGUGGCGCUGAUGGUGACUCUGGGAUUCGUCUGUGGUAUAUUGCUGGCAGUGUUUUUCUUCUACAACAAGCAUAAACGGAAGAAGACGCAAGAGAGACUGAUAGCUAGUGUCAACCCCGAUUACAUCGAGACCAAGUACGUUGUGGACCAUUGGGAAGUGAACCGUGAGGAUGUUGAGGUCCUUGAGGAACUGGGUCUAGGUAAUUUUGGUAUGGUAUAUCGUGGUAGAUUGAAUACCGGUGUUAAGGUUGCCAUAAAGACCAUCGCUGAUACGGCCAGUGAGCGAGAGAAGAACGAGUUCCUGAACGAAGCUUCAGUUAUGAAAAACUUCUCCACGACACACAUAAUCAAACUCCUCGGGGUAGUGUCCGUAGGGAGUCCUCCAUUUGUAAUAAUGGAGCUAAUGGAGAAUGGCGAUCUGAAAACGUACCUGCGUCGUAUUCGCGACACGGACAUGGUGCCCGACACAACAAGAAUUCUGAGAAUGGCAGCAGAGAUCGCGGACGGCAUGGCCUACCUCGAAUCAAAGAAAUUCGUUCACAGGGAUCUGGCCGCCAGGAACUGCAUGAUCUCGAAGAACCUAGUGUGCAAGAUCGGCGACUUCGGCAUGGCCAGGGACAUCUAUGAGACUGACUAUUACAAGAUAGGCAAGAAGGGUCUUCUGCCUAUUAGAUGGAUGGCUCCGGAGAACCUCUCCGACGGUGUAUUUACCUCGGACUCCGACGUCUGGUCCUAUGGCGUUGUCCUCUACGAGAUCCUCACCUUGGCAGAGAUUCCUUACCAGGGCUUUUCAAACGAGGAAGUCCUUAACUACGUUCUACGCAAAGGCACUCUCACUAUACCAAGAAAUUGUCCUGAACUCAUUCAUAAAAUGAUGGAGAGGUGCUUCAAGUGGCGACCCAGCGACAGGCCCACCUUCAUGGAAAUAGUCGCAGAACUAGAACCCUUUCUUGGGCAGGACUUUUGCGACAGUUCCUUUUAUCACUCGGAAGCCGGUGUCGAAAUACGCACCCUGGGAAUCAAGAAGGUCUACCAUCACGCAGCGCCAAUACGUUUCCACUGGGGUAACGAAACUGCUAGGUGGAUCAGGGAAUUUGAAGACAACGUGACUCUCCUCGACCAGACGAAGGCGGGGACCAGCAGAGGACGUAUCUUCAAAAAUGGCUUCCAGCAUUUCAGUACCGUUCCAAACAUGGAGGACGUCCCUCUUGAUCGAUGAGAGUUCACACUGGCACCGCAGUAACAAUUCAAUUCACGGAUAAGGAAACAUUCGUGGCUUCCGUUCAAAUUGCAUUUUAAACAACGCGCAACGAGCAUCGCAGAAAGUACGAAAUUCGUGAUCAACGAGUGCGUACAACCCAAGUGUAUUUUUUCUUCAAAAUUUCCAUCAUUUUUCUUUCCAUCCAUUUCCUCUCACUUCGCCUUGGCAAAAUUGUACAUUACAACGAUGACAAACGCAUAGUCGUUUUUCUACAAUAACGCACGUAACUCACAAGCACAAUAAAUGACCAGUCGUGACAACGAUGGCUGAUACUUGUAUCCUGUGAGCAAAGUAACAUCGAGUAGAUAGAUGUAAUUGUAGUAAUAAUGUUAGUAGCAUUAGUAGAAGCAACAGUGGUAGAUAGUAACAGUGGCAAAUACUAGUAGUAGGGCUAGUUCAGAUUAUUUUUUUUUAACCCAUUCGAGACGACGAUUUUUUUCGUACACGGUCCCCAGGAGCGAAAUUUUUUAGAUGUAGAUAAUUUUUAGAUUUUUUGGUACACAGUAAAACCAAUGCCAAAUUUUGUUUUCCUGUACUUUACGUAUUUCAUUAGUUCCAGAAAAAUCUUAUUUCGACGACUAGUUUACUCAGAACUGAUAAUUGCACAUUACUGUUAUUGCACACACGGUGUGCACAUCGGUCUCGAAUGGGUUAACGCAAUGUAUCGGCCGUUUGACUUUAAUGUAAAAGCGAGCUUUUGCGUCUACACACCCUAUAUAAAUUAAUCGAACUACGAAGUAUAUAUAUUAUUACAUGUACAAAUUAUACGUUACAUUACGAUAUAGUAUAUAGUGUAAUAUAUUGUAAACGUAGUCAAAUUUAAAUUUGGCCGUUUAGUGCCUUAAGGCAGGAUUGUCAAGUGGCGUUUUUUCCUUGGGGAUCGCUUUCUUUUUUUUUUUGUAUUUUACCUUUCGUUUUUUUAUAUUCUUAGGGGAGGAAACAUACGUGAUUGACGCACGGCCGACUGAAUAUAUUAUAUACGUACCCACCGGGGACACGAUAUACAUAUAUGUAUAUAUUACUCAUAUUAAGUACUUCAUACGUUGGGAGAACACGAGAGUACGUAUUUCCUUCCUGUUUCACAUAUUAGAAGUGCAACUACAUAUACGUUGGGGAAAAAGAGUCGCGUGACUAGGAGUACCUUGGCGAUAAUAAUAAAAAAAAAAUAAUAAUAAUAACAAUUAAUAAUGUUGUCGUCGCUCUGCGAAUAUGCUUAAUGCUUAUCACAAAGUGGAUCCCAAGGACUCCGACAACCGCUGACCCACGACAUAUUUAAACCGGAUGCGAAAUUACGCUACCGUGUCUCUCUUUUAGGCUUCUUUGUAGGUAGCUUUAAGUAUAUUGUGGCUCCGGUCGCGGAAAAAAAGAUUUAAAAAUUUAAUCUAGAAAUUCAUUUUUGGCUAAUUACGUACUCGAUAACUCGCCUCUAUAAUUUAAUGAUCGUCGUUUAUUCGCGUAGAUUUUUAAUGUGUCAUGCGGUAGUAAAUUUCUAGGUUAAACUUAUAUUUAUGGAUUAAGAAAACUUUGCGAUUCGUAUAAUAAAACUUGUUCAGCACUAUGUGCUUAUAUGGUAUAUAUGUGCAUAUUCACGGUUAUUAAGGAGAUGGUUCCGUCUAUUUGAAUUCUGUUAAUUCUUAUGAUAGAACCAUCUUCAGGUUGUACAGUGGUUUUGAAUAACCGUGUAUAUCAGUCAAGUAUAUGAGGUAUAUAUAUAUAUAUAUAUAAGAAGAAAAAACGAUUACAACAAAAAGCGAUAGGAUUUUCUCAAGCCCCAUGGAAAAAACGCUAUAUGGAUUCCUGCUAACCGAUAUCAACUUUGCUUUUUUAAGGUCUAUUACGCAUUUUGAAAGUUGGCUGCUUUUCAGAAGCCGCACUAAUUCUUUGCACAUUUCUAUAAUGUGAUUGCUAGAUGGAUAAUUUUUUUUUCUUUUUGGGAGGUAUAUGAUAGAGAGAGAGAGAGAGAGAGAGAGUGCGUGCGAAUAAGAGAGAAAAAGAGAAUACAAGCGUGUCUGAAGUAGUCUAGUAACUUGUGCGAAUCGCGUGGCACAAGAUUACUACUGGUAACACUUUUAUCUUAGCAAGUGUAAUUAGUUUUAUCGAUUUUCAAAGAUAUCCUUUUCUUCCUCUCAUUCGUUUUCCAUUCAUUAACAGCAAUUACUGAAUCUACUCACGUAGUGAAAAAAGAUACCUACCUUCCACGCAAAUUAUUUCCCAGGACAAUCGAAAGGUAAAAAAUAUGUGUGAAAAAAUUUCUUUCUCGGCCAUAAAUGUUGUGAACAAAAAAUUUCGAAAAACUAAGAGUAGGAAAAAUUUUUCAAGUCUGAAAGUAUGCGAGAGAUACGUUUUUUUUUUUCAUAUUUACAAAGAAAAAUGAAGGAUUACAAUACGAAGAAGGAAAGGAUUUCUGAUUUGCGUGAAAGAAAAUUGUAUACGCGCGCGUCCGUAUUAUCUAAGCGUGUUUUCUAUCCCUUUCUUGUCCAUUUACCCCUCUCCUUCUUAUCUAUAACCACUGUUACACUUCUGUAUGUACACGCUACCAACUCCCCGACACCUUUUCAACCGCUCCGUUUCUUUCUGUACGUAUUGGCGUUCAAAAAACUAUUAACCCAUUUGGGAUCUAUACUAGAACUCUUAUAACGACUGAACUUCACUACUUAUCUAAUUUACUGCUAAUAAUCUCGACAACCUGCCAUAACAUAUCAUGGACUGAUAUAUACGUGUAUAUUAUAUAUGAUAUACCACAUAUGUAUAAUCGAAUCAAUACGCCUUUUGCGUUGUAACGGGAGGCAUUUUCAUGGACCGUUUUUUUGUCGUUAUUUUAUUGAAUUCCGUUAUUGGUUUCUUACGAGAAUCGCGAACGAGGAAUGCCACGCGAAAGAUUGAGAGAAAGAGAGAGAGAUGCAAGAGAGAAAGAAAAAAUGGACAUAGAAAUAUAGGAAUACUUAAAGAAUUUUUAUUACUUCAAAUUUCAAAAAUGGACAUUUCUCUCGGCCGAAAUUUCCAUCUAGUUCGUUCAUCGAAGUAGAGUAUUUCGUUUUACUGUAUUUAUUUUACUUUUUUAAACGAAUCAGCAUCCAACGAAUGAUAACGAUAACCAGAGUUCUCUGAACGGUACCGAUGGCUUAUUACACGUGUUCACUCGUUACGCAACGCUGCGGCACUCGGGACGGUCCCGAAUGGGUUACAAUAAAACUGUGCACAAGAAACAGCAGGUAUUCGUGUUCUUCCUACGUACAAUUAUUAUUAUGAUUAAAACUAUCAGUUCCAAGAUAGUACCCAAUGUCUGUGAAUGAAUCGAGAGAUAAUAAGGGAGUUUGCGUGGGAAUGACAAAAUAAAAGGAUUUAAAGGGAUGUAUCAAAUAGAAAAGCGAAAAUGAGCAAAGGUAAUAAAAUAGUCUGAUAACCGAUGUAGCAAUAUCUUUCCUUAAGGAAGUCACGAUUCGUACACGUAGAUUUUUCAUUUUGACUUUUCUUUUUUUUUUCCAUUCCUUCACGUUAUUCGGAUCGAGCAAUCGGUCAUCCAGUCAGAUUAAUAUAGAGGGAACGCGGCCCCGUAUUUAUUUUAGAGAGGAAAUAAGAAAAAAGAUACAGAAUGGGAUAGAAUCAGGAGCGUCAUUACCAGGUGUUUAACCAAUGCCGAAUAUGCAAAUGUAAAACGGGCUACAGUAUAAGAGGAUAGCGAUGUACACUUUACGUGCGCAUCGAUGCAUCAAAUACAUACGUACAUUAUAUUAAAAUAAAUAGACAUACGCAUCGUGCGUUCAAUCACGAGAGAGCCAAAGGAACACGACCUGCACGAGAGAAAUAAUUAUUCCUAAUCAAAAAUCCUGCCAUACCGUCUUCCAAGACAGAGACUAUGAACAUUGAUAAGCUAGUGUAAUAUUUAUGUACCUUAAAACAGUAAGUUAAAUUAUUGCCUUAUGUUACGUUACGUUUAAGUGGCGAUAGGGAAAAGAAAAAGGAUACAGACUUCGAUAUUGAUACGGACGGACUAUUACGAUAAUCGAUAUCGUAAUUGUUAAUUGUAAUUUUCGUUUAUCGUCUUUGUUUCCUUUUUAUUUUCUAUAGUUUCUCCCUCUAUCUCUUUGUCUCUUUCCUUCUCUUUACUUUCCUUGCUCUUUUCGUGGGAGAAAAACGCAUAGAGCUUUAGUUAGGUCUUGUAGGUUGUAAAGCCGUAUAGUUGGCUCCUUAGGGUGUAAGAUUACCGCCGCGAGGGUUGGCAAUGUAAAUUUAAAAAUAUUUUCACGGCUCGAGAGUUCAUUGAUAUUUUGUAGACUCGUACAUUUUUUUAAAAUCUUCUCUUCGAUGUUCAAUUUUUUUUUUGACGAAUCUAAUCGCACAGUGGUUCCUCGUUACGUUUUUACUACUGUUUUUCGACACUGUAUCUUUGAUGUGUAUUUUAAUACAGGGUGGCUUACGAAUCAAGACACUGCACGUUGCCUAGCCAAGGGAAUCAUGGAAAUUCUUUGUUCUUCUUUGUAUUUUUUUUUUCUGCAUCCGUUCAAACGAACGAGGCGCAGUCGACGCUCCGCGUCGGGUUGGUCCAGAUUUUACGAUGGAUCUUGAAAAAAAUAUGGGAAUUGACCUGUGGGGAACGGUUGGUUUGGAUGAUUUUCAUAUUUUCUUACAUUCGUCUUUUUCCACUGUUCUUCCAUACUCUUCACUUUGUGACUCACGUAUCGUCACAUGCUCUGUCACGGUAACACAAAGUCUUGAUAAACGCCAACCCUAACACAGAAUAUAAUGCAUAACGUUAAUUUAGUAUUGCCGCUGAGUAUUACAACUAGUCACAUAAGCCAAAAGUUUGUUACUCUCACAGAAGUUUUUCGUUUUUUUUUUCAGUUUUGUAAUAAAGAAAAGUGUCAAAACCCCACGCGAAAAA